AUGGAUCAGUUUCCCUCUGUAUCGACUUCUAUUGAACCUGAAAAGGAGUUCUGCGUUAAGAAUAUUCCAGCACAUUUUUCCGAUUGGGACGUGUUUCACAUUUUUCGUAAAUAUGGUACUGUACACAACGUCAAAAUCCCUGCCAAGCAACUGCCUUCAAACACCAAAUACGGGUUUGUAAUAAUGGAAAAUAUGAACGGUGCCGAUGAAGUUCGUUAUCAUCUAAAGAACGGGAAAUAUCUUUGCUUGGACGGUGGAUUGCAACUACUGGUUAGCGGAGUGCGACAGGAAAAUCAACGAUCGCGUGACGAAGCCAGAGGGCCCCCAACUGGCGUGUAUAGCCGACCUCCGUUGAAAGAGCUUUCUACCCGCGGCUGUGGUGCCAUGGUAAAAGGGCGUCCCGCUAAUAGGCUUAUAACUCAAAAGACGCAACGUCCUUCUGCGGUCAUCAGAUGUUUUUCACAAGACCUUCCGCUACAGAUCCCAACAAAAGUCCGCAUUGUCGAUUCGCCUUAUUCUUGUCAAUCGGUAAACGAAGGAUUCGUGUUUCAUGUUAUUCCCAUCGACCAGAAGCUGGGAGAAGAGUACUCUGGUCUACAACGAGAAAUGAACAAGUUCUGUCUGAAAAAUCCGAAUGUCACUGAGAUUCCGAAGGUUGGGCAAUAUGUACUGUAUUAUCGAGACGCAAUUGCAUAUCGUGCCCUGUGCAACAGCGAAUUGACAGUAUAUUUGAUUGACGUGGGUGAAACAGUCAAUACUGUUAGAUCGCAGCUUUGGGAGAUGAUACCAUCCUUCGCCACGUUGCCAAGCUUGGUUAUUCCGUGUGGAAUCAAUGGUAUCUCUUGGAAAGAGCCAACAACUUCGAUGUUUAAAACAUGCAAAAAUUUGCUGAAACAAUGGUCGGAUCCCUGUUCAAUUAUUGUAACGGCGACCGCACAUGAAUACUCUGGGCUGGUUAAUAUGGUGGAUUUAGAGCUGAUGUCCGACAAUGGAGUUGAGAAUUUUGCUGACUCCAUAGUUAAGAGGGGCUUGUGCACUUGGCUAACUCCCGUCCAACGCGUUUACACUCGCGAAGACCUUCUACAAGCGAAAAAUGCUAAGGUUUGUAAAGUUUCAGAUUAUUUUCAUUAG